AUGAGUCGCCAUGCUGUUGCACACUCUCUCAGGAUCAAGUUCACAAUGCAGCUGAGCUCCAAGUUUAUCUUCGGUCGCGCUUUCAUGCGCCCCCUCUUGUCGACGAUGGAGGUCGAGGCGGCGCCCGAUUGGCUCAAUAUCAAGCGCGAGGCCCCCGACGGCGACAAGCCAGACAAGGGGGGCGAGAAGUGCGGCAAGCUCCAGAGGCGCAAGAACCAGGUCGAGAGCGACGCUGUCGGCGGCAAGGCGGAGCUUGCCGGCGCCAACUACAUCUGCUUCUUGCCCCCCGCCACGGUAACAACCGCGGCCAGUCUCAAGCAGGCGGGGGCGGACUACAACGCGACGUGCAA